GGGCCGAUCAUUUCACUCUUCAAAAGUGACUCGAACUCAUGUUCACAUGUGAUACUUAAGAGUAAUUCUGCAAAUCAAUCGUAAAACAAAUUGAUUACAAAAGAAACCUAAGCGCAUGGGGUAGGAUCCGAUAAAAGAAAGUAAGGGUAUUCAAAUCAGACCAUGGAAUAUAGGGAGAUGAAAAUUAGGCGAAGAGGAGCAGGUCGUCGUCAGAAAGUCGUUAAGGCGAGGAAUGAAUACGACAACCAAAUCCACGAGUAACGUACGAGUGAAAAGAUAAGUAAAGACGCAUGGGCUCAAAUAGACCUAAGAUAGUCCAAGAGAUGUGAUGCUGGUAGAAAGUGAAGCGAACGUAGAGAUCAAGACAAGAUAUAGAAAGGCUACUCAUAACGGUCAUUCAGCAAGAGGAACAUCAAAGAACAUUUAUGCAGCAGCAGCCACUACAGGUGCAGCCUCAGAUGUUUCUGUGGGCUUAUCAGCAACAGCUUCCUCGGUGGCCUCAGCGGUGGCAGCAGGCGCUUCGGUGGUGGGCUCCGAGGCAGGGUUUUCAAGAGGAGCGACGGGAGUAGGCUCUUCAAUCUUAGGAGGGUGCUCAUCAACUUUGGCAGGUGUUGAAACCUCCGAUUUCGGCUUGGGCUUAAAGAAGUCGCCAACACGCGCAGAAAGACGGCGUCCAACCUUGGUAGGCUUUGCGACUUUCUCUUCCUUCUUCUCUUCCUUCGGUUCCUCGACGGGGGCAGCCUCGGCAGCAGAUUCAACGAUAGCAGGAGUCUCACUGUCUUUGGUAGGCUCCUCGGUGACAACAGGAGCCUCUUCGGCUGCAACAACCUCAGCAGCAGGUGUCUCAGUGGCACCUUCGGUAGCAGUGGGCUCCUCAGUAGCGGGGGCAGCAGGCUCCGAGGUCUCCUUCUUCUCUUCCUUCUUUUCCUCCUUCUUCUUCUCUUUCUUAGGACUCUUGGCAGCCUUUACCUUCUUCUCAGCCUUAUGUUUAUCACUCUUGAAAGGAGCAAGCAGCUUGGCGAGAAGAGUGGGACUCUUCGGAGCAUCCUCCUUCUUAGAGGACUCCUCAGCAGGCUUGGCUUCAUCCUUAGCAGCAUCCUUGGUGGUCUCUUCAGCAGGAGCGGCCUCGCUGGCGGGUUCAGUGCUGGCAACGGGCUCUUCAGCAGCGGCAGCAUGUGUCUCCUCUGCCUUAGCUUCCACGGUGGUAGCUUCUUCAGCCUUAGGAGCGUCCUCAGCAGGUGCAGGUGUUGUUUCAACAGGGGCAGCGGGCUCGGUGGUUGACUCAAUUGGUUUAACCUCCUCAACGGGAGCAACAGGGGCAGCGACAGUCUCCAUGGCGGACAUUAUUGAAAAUGUGAAGAAUGGGUAUUAACUUGUAAGAGAGAGAGAGAGGGGAAGUGCGUCUGCGCAACCUACAACCCGCUGGGGGAAUAAAAAGAGGAAAAGGUAAG